AUGCGGUACACCGCGCUCUACUUGGUGAGGCACGAUGCUAUUGUGGCUAGAAUCAAGAAAGCAGCGGGGACGCGGUACCAGGUGAUCGCCGAAAACAUGUCGAUUGAGACUCAGAGACUGCGCCCGGACCUGGUGAUAAAGAGGGGGAAUGCGGUGUCCAUUGUCGAUGUAACGGACCCGUUCGACAAUAGGAUGGCCGCCUUCGAAGUUGCUGCCAGGUGCAAAAAAGAGAAAUAUGAGCAGCUGAGAGCAGAGCUUGCUAGGGAGCAUGGAGCUGCUGAGGUGGUUCCAUUAAUCGUCAAUGUGCUGAGAUCACGGGACCCUGGCAAUAACUAG